CUUUACACCAAUGCAAAUGAAUCGUGUGAGGAUCCAGUCCUGCUUCCAAUGAAUGACUCCGUAACCACAUUGACAAACAACACUGAAGAUUCAGCCAGUGCAGCUGCAAUGGAUAGGGACAAAAGGAACUCUGAAGGAGCGACAGUAUCACCUCCGAAUAGGCGCUUUGAGUGCGAGAUAUGCGGUCAGUGCUUUGCCAGGAGAGAUUACUUGAAGAGCCAUUGGAGUGUGCACACAGGCGAGAGGCCAUUUGUCUGCCCUGUCUGCGGCCUCAUGUUUGGUAGGAAGGCAUCUCUUAACGUGCACGAGCGUAUCCAUACGGGUGAGAAGCCGUACCUCUGUUCCAUCUGCGGCCGCAAGUUUGCUCGGAAGGGGACUCUUGAGCAGCACAAGCGUACCCACACAGGCGAGAAGCCGUACCUCUGUUCCAUUUGCGGCCAAGGCUUUUCUCAAAAGUCAGGUCUUGCGAAACACCGUUUCGACCACACGGACGACAGAGCAUACACUUGCCUCACCUGUGGGCUCAAGUUUGCUUACAAGGCCAAGCUCGCUAGACACGAACGUAGCCAUACAGGUGUGAUACCCUAUGAGUGUCCGAUGUGCCCGUCCAAAUUCUGCAAGAAGGAGACUUUAGACCGACACGUGCAGUUGCACACAAGCGGAGUAGACAUGUGGCACUGCGUGGAAUGUGGCAAGAACUUCACCAAGUUAACGCUCCUGCUGACACAUAUGAAGUGGCACGCGACGGAUAAGCCACACCCGUGCCACCUAUGCCCGGCCGGAUUCAAAUAUAAAUGUGACCUGGAUGUGCACAUGUUAACUCACACGGGUGAAAAGCCGCACAAGUGUCCCGAGUGCGCGAGACAGUUCGCCAGGAGUGGAGACCUCAACAGGCACAUGCGCAGUAUCCACGAUAGAGCCAAGAUUACAACAGCAAGCUCAGUCAACAGGGUGGAGAUUACCAUGCCAAGUAACACUCCGACUUCAUUGCAUCCUGCGAAUCCCGACAUGAAUGAAAAAGGACCAGCUGAAGCAGCAGUCGACGAACAAGCAGCUGUGAAGCAUUGUGGGGCGCCACAGCCCUUUGUGUAACCCCUGUGUGUAACCCCUGUGUGUAACCCCUGUGUAACCCCUGUGUGUAAGGAGACUGUGGCGACACUUAUUCACCCAUAUGCGACAUACUGCUGGCAUACCCAUGCGAAGACGCAAUGGGAUGAGCACUUAGAGACAAAGAACAAUGUUUUUUUUUUUAGAGGUGU